GGUCUCUCCCACCCAUAUCCGCAGCGCGCGAGUUGCCUGCAGCGCUCUCUGCACAUGCAGACGUCAUCACCGAUAUAUAGGAAAAAAGGAGCAGCGCGCGGAGUCACGGAGUGUACUGUUAGUCGUCGUCGCGCCUGCUCCCACACAAGCCACGACGGCAGCAGGAACGUAGCGAGAUUCGACGACGACUACUUGUAGGAUGCGGCUGCACUGAAUCUCCGCAAGGCAGUCUCUCUCUCUCUCUCUCUCACUCUCACUCUCUCUCUUGAUUCCAAGUAGACGCGAAAACAACAAUAACAGCAGCAGAAGUUGGCCAUCGGUCGGAUAGCAAGGUAUAACUGUAACAGGAGACAACAUGGGUCUGCUCGCGGCAUCGUUGCUCUGCGUGCUCGCGACCUGCAGCGCGUACUCGCUGCGCUCGACCCCGAGCGCCAACGAGGAGUUCGUCGUGCCGCACUACACGCACUACGAGGAGCUGAAGGAGCUCUUCCGCAACCUGUCGCUGCAGUUCCCCAACCUGGCGCGGGUUCACUCCAUCGGCAAGUCCGUCGAGGGCCGCGACCUCGUCUACCUCGAGAUCAGCGAAAAUGUCCAGGAACGCAAUCUCGGCGAGCCCAUGGUCAAGUACGUGGCGAACAUGCACGGCGACGAGCCCGUCGGCCGAGAGCUCAUGAUCUUCCUCGCCAAGUACCUGCUCUACAACUACGGCAAGGACCCCCGAGUCACCAGGCUCGUCAACAACACCGACAUCUUCAUCAUGCCCUCGCUCAAUCCAGAUGGCUUCGAGAAGUCCAGGGAGGGCAUGUGCAAUUCGCUGGAGAACUACAUCGGCCGCGAGAACGCCAAUCAUGUGGAUCUCAACAGGAAUUUCCCGGAUCAGUUCGAUCCGAGAGUUAAUCACGUCAAGGGUGGCAAAUUGAUUGCUGGAAGGCAGAGCGAGACCGUGGCUAUGAUGACCUGGAUUGUCACCCAGCCCUUUGUGCUCUCUGCCAACUUCCAUGGAGGAGCUGUUGUGGCAAGCUAUCCCUUUGAUUCUGGAAUUGCCCACGACUGCUGCGAAGAGAGCAAAUCCCCGGAUGACAGACUUUUCAAACACCUUGCCCAUGUUUACGCGGACAACAACCCAACCAUGCGAGCUGGCAACACCUGCCCAUCCGAAACAUUCAGUGGUGGCGUCACUAAUGGAGCUCACUGGUACAAAGUGACAGGAGGCAUGCAGGACUUCAACUAUGCCCGCUCCAAUGCAUUCGAGGUGACCUUUGAGCUGAGUUGUUGCAAAUAUCCAUUUGCCUCGGUACUUCCAGUUUAUUGGCACAAUAACAAGGAAUCUCUUCUUAGGUAUUUGGAACAAGCUCACAUUGGAAUCAAAGGUCUCGUAACUGACGAGGCUGGUCAGCCCAUCCAAGAUGCAAAUGUUGUAGUCGUUGGAAUUGCUAAGAAUAUAACAAGCACAAAUCGCGGAGAGUACUGGCGCCUUCUUUUGCCUGGAACUUACACAGUCUAUGCUGCAGCAUGGGGCUAUGCUCCAAGUGAACCGCAAAGAGUGACUGUGAAAAAAGGCAAUGCUGAAGUAGUAAAUUUUGUCUUAAAGAAACUACCAUUCCGAGAACAGCAAGGCUCGGCCAGCGAGGUAGUGGAGAAGCAGGUGCGCGCGAGUGACCGGAACGGGUUCCUCAGUCGGCCGAGGUUCCGGCACCACAACUACCUGCAGCUGGAGAAGUACCUGCGGGAGCUGCACGCGAGCUACCCGGAAAUCACGAGGCUCUACAGCAUCGGCGAGUCGGUGCAGGGUCGGCAGCUCUACGUGCUCGAGAUGACGAGCAAGCCCGGCAAGCACGAGCCCAACAAGCCGGAGAUGAAGUACGUCGGUAACAUGCACGGCAACGAGGUCGUCGGCAGGGAGCUGCUGCUCCUGCUGGCCAGGUACCUCUGCGAGAACUACCAGGUGGACGAGAGGGUCACGCGGAUCCUCGAGGGCGUGCGGCUGCACAUCCUGCCCAGCAUGAACCCCGACGGCUACGAGAACUCGACCGUCGGCGACUACCAGGGAAUCAAGGGCCGAAACAACGCUCACGACUUGGACCUCAACAGAAAUUUCCCGGACAAGUACGUGCAGAACGAGGAGAACUUGGUGCAAGAACCCGAGACGAAGGCCGUGAUGGACUGGAUCGCCAAGAUCCCCUUCGUUCUGUCGGCGAACCUGCACGGCGGCGCCCUCGUGGCCAACUACCCCUACGACGACAACUCAGCCGCGGUGGGCAACAUCUACCCCCGUCCGAACCCCAGCCCCGACGACGACGUCUUCCGCAUGCUCUCCCUCCUCUACUCCAACGCUCACCCGACGAUGCACCUGGGCAAGCCCUGUCCGGCGCCGCCCGGCCAGCAGUACGGCCUCCUCUCCGAGACCUUCCCCCGGGGCAUCACCAACGGCGCCGCCUGGUACCCCGUCACCGGGGGCAUGCAGGACUACAACUACGUCCGCAGCAACGCCUUCGAGAUCACCCUCGAGCUCGGCUGCAACAAGUUCCCCAACGCCACGGAGUUGGAGGACUACUGGCGGGACAACCGGGAGCCGCUGCUGCAGUUCAUCGAGGCGUCGAGGCGCGGCGUCCACGGUGUGGUGACGUCCUCGAUCGGCAGCCCCGUAGCCCACGCGAAGGUCGAUAUCGAGGGCCGGCAUCACGCGAUCUACACCAGCACCGAGGGCGACUACUGGCGUCUCCUGCCGCCCGGCAGAUACAAUGUCACGGUCACCGCGCCCAACUACGAGUACUUGACGCAGACCGUCGUGGUGCCGCGAGACGGGGGCCAGGCGAAGCUCGACUUCACGCUCAUACGCGACCAACCGUUCACUUGGGUCCACGUGAACGAUUACGAUUUGAGAGCAAAUCUGAAGGACGGCUACCUCCGGAAUAGCGAGCUCAGCGAGAGCUUCAAACAGCUCGAGCUGGACAGGCCGGACGUCGCGGAAUUCAAGGCCGACGAUUCGCCGAUUAGCGCGGCCAUACACUCCUUCAAGAUUACUCACAACCUGGGAGACAGCGAGGAGAGCAAGAUCCACGUUGCUUUCAUCGGAGGAAUCUUCGCGUCGCAGCCGAUAGGCAGAGAAAUUUCUCUGCGCUUCGCGCGUCACGUCCUCAUGGGCAACAAGGAGAGAUAUCCGUUCAUCGACAGACUGCUCGACAGAGUCGUGCUGCACUUCAUUCCCGGAGUCGAUCCCAGCUUCGACAAGUUGUCCUACAGUUGCAAUGCCUCGAUGAGCGACGAGGUGGGCAAAACAUUGUACUCGUCGCAAAAGGAUAAGCGUCCUCGAUUGGACCUCGUUACGAAUGCGCUGGAACAAAUGCUGGAAACCGAAGGAUUUGAUGCGCUUGUACUGUUCGGCGGUGGUAAUGGAGUUGCAGCUAGUUAUUCGUUGAGCAAGAUCGACUUCUUAAAGAGUUUUGUCGAAGACUUCGAGAGAUCUAUACAUACCGAUAAAUGCGACACUCAAAGCGAUGAUAUUAAGAAAGUGCAGAAUUACAUAAACCAGCAAUAUGAAAUACCAGUGUUAAGUUUAUCUCUGUCGUGCUGUAAAUACCCUGAGCCAAAAGCCGUCCCGACGAUUUGGAGAGACACGUUGUUACCACUCAGGGAUUUGGUUAAGCGUCUUUCGACCGGCGUUCGCGUGACCGUGUUGGACCCCAAGAGAAAUCCUCUCCGGAGCGCCAAAGUUCGAAUCGAUUCAGCCGUGUACGGCGUCUCCAAGAACAUGGCUUAUUUCAAAACAAUACUACCUCCUGGUAUAUAUAAUGCAGUAUUCAGUUGCGAAGGUUACAACGACGAGACCUUGAUGAUAUCGGUGCACGACGACGAGAUCACGACAAUGGAAGUUGUCUUGACUCCGACCGAUCCAAAUUACGUUCCUGCUAAAUCCCCGGAUGCUGAAGAAAAGUCGAGUAAAAUCAAUCAGGUCCUCGAUGAUUUUAAUCGAAAGUUUACCAAGAUCUCUACUCUGCACGAAAUCGGCGUCACGACGAAAAAACGCAAAGUUAUAGCGCUCGAGAUUCAUCCCGAAGACGAUCAUGGUCACAAAUCCGGCCGUCCGUCCAUAGUAUUUUCAGCAGGAUUGGGCCAGGGAUCACCUGCCACUUCUAAAGUUCUUUUACAUCUAGCUAACUAUAUUUUGGCAAGUUACAAUAUCGAUACGCAGCUGACGAAUUACGUAAGAAAUUAUUCCAUCUUCAUUGCACCGGACCUGAACCCGGAUUCCGAGAAAAAGGACACAUGUGCUUUUAUUGAUGAGAACCCCCUUCCAUUCCCCCUGGAAUAUGGCAAAAUUGAUUACCACGAGAAUUCCAAGUUGAUCGUCGACUGGUUCAAGAAGCUUAAACCGAUUAUCACAAUAAAUUUGAACAGCGGAUCGUUGCACGUGGAAAUACCAUUCGGUAAAGCAGGACUUGGCAAACAUCCCUACAAACCCUAUCUCACGGAGGACAACAGAAUUUUGCAACAACUCGCCGAGACGUAUGCCCUAAAUCAUCCAGUCAUGAGCUUAGUAAACUCUAGAUGCGACAGCAAGGCCAUUAUUGAGAAAAGUGGAACCUCCCAUGCCGGAGUUGCGGUGCGAGGUGGCAGAUCCGACUACUUCUUGGAUUAUCUGUACCUACAUACUAAUACCCUGCCAAUAGAUGUAUACAUGACUUGCUGUAGCAGUGACGAUGACAAUGUCGCGUGGGAGAGUAAUAAGAAAAGCUUGCUGAGUGUACUGAAUAAGGUAACCGGAGGUGUGACUGGGUAUGUAGUAAGCGAGAGCGACGAACCGAUUUCGGAUGCUGUCGUGAUGCACGAUAAAUCAAUUCAUCAAGUUGAAAGCAAUGAAAAUGGAGCAUAUCAGCUUCUGCUGCCAAUUGGAACUCAUUUGCUGAGUGUGAAAGCACCAGGUUACUAUAAACUAUCAAAGGCUGUCAACGUUACCAACGAGGAGGGUUUGACAAUGCUCAUGUUCAAAUUGCAUCGGGAUGAGACUAUCUUCGGUAUGCCUCGGAUCAUGUUUGUUAUAAUGUCUGGUGCAGUACUCAUUACUAUAGUAGCUUUAUGUGUUUUUGUCAUCGCCAAAUGUAAAUCGAGCCACGGCGAUGACACCGACAGCAAGAGGCCUUAUGCAUUCAGCUUACUGAAAGACGGUAAUUCCUUCUUUGAUGACGAUGAAAAGGAGGUCGAAAUUUUCAAACGUCCACUCGUUAAAGAUUACAAAGAAGAUUUAGUCGAUGUCACAGCAAAACCAUAUUUCGACGAUGACGAAAAUUCCAGUUCUGAUGAAGCCAGUGAUUUAGAAUUUAUAAGACCCGACAGAGAUUGGCAAGGAAAAAACCUUGAAUAAUUUGUUCGUAAUUUUUUUUUUUAACAAAUCGAGUUUUCUACAAAAUGUCCACUGAAAACGUAUAGACUGUAAGUCUAGCAUAUAUUGCACGACUUCUUCAUUCUGACUGAUUGGCUGAUACGUCUAUAUUUAUAAGUCAUUUAUGUAUAUAACAAGGGAUUGAGUGAGAUAAAGAAAAUGCUUACCACUAACGUAAUUUAAGAAAGCUGAAAUUAAUACUAAAACUUUUAUCUGUAAAUAUUAAAAAACUUUAUAUUUCUUCAAUGAUGAAUGAAUUAUUUGAAGUUUUAUUCUAUUACAUUAUAUGUAUAGGCUUUCUUAAAUUAUAGACCAAUGUAUGUACUUACGUCGUGUAAUCUUAUAAUGAACUAGUUGGAACCAAUUAUAUAGAUUUUAUACUGUUUCAUAAUUAGAUAUUUUAACUAUUAUGAAUUUACACAUUUUAUACCUAUCAUACAAUGUUACGAAUUCAAAUUUUACAUUUGCUGGCGUUCCAAGAUAUUACGUAGUAUUUUAGAAAGAACUUUACAUAUUUUUAGACUCGAUUUUAAAACAAAAAGGGUACUUCCAACUAACGAGACUGUGAUGCAUGAAAUACUUGUAAUACUUUGUAAUGUAUUUGUAAUUAUGUAAUUUUACUAUACGUAUUAUUCGUCGCGAUGCACCUGCGACAGCAAUCGAAAAGAGUAUUUCAUGGGAAAAUAAAGAACUAUUGUUAUAAAAAUAA